CAACAAGGGAACGACUUCCACCUUGGCACCUCAGACCUUCUCACCUCCCACUUCCAGUCCUUCUUCCCACACUUAGGACAUUGUGGUCCCCCAUAGGAGGCGAAGAUAUUUUUGGCUAUGACAGGGGUCGGGCCAAAGAGCUAGCGCCCCUUAACGUGUCUGGGAAUUACGUGAGAACUUAGCACUUCCCUGUAGCUUAUCUAGCUGUGCCUGUCCCAUCUUUCGCUUCUGUUUUCCUUUCCUGCCGCCUCCUUAUUUUGUUUUCUUCAGCCUGCAUAAUGACAGUGGGGAACAUGGAGAGCGUCGAGCUGUUUGAUGCCGGACAGAAAGGUCGUGGCCUACGAGCCAGCAGAGACCUCAGCACCGGGGAGGUGGUUUUUGCAGAGGCCAGCUUUGCCGCUGUAGUUUAUGACAGCCUGUUCAUGCAGGUAUGCCAUAGCUGCUUCCGUCAGCAGUCCAAGCUCCAUCGUUGUGCCCAAUGCCAGUUUGCCUUCUACUGCAACCGCACCUGCCAAACAGCAUGCUGGGCUGAACACAAGAAGGAGUGUGCAGCCAUCAGGAAAAUUGGAAAGGUGCCCAAUGAAAACGUCCGUCUUGCUGCUCGUGUACUUUGGCGCCUUCACAAGGACUCAGGCAUUGUAUCAGAUAGUCAGUUGAUCUCACUGGAACAGCUGGAAGACCACGUGUCUGACCUGUCGGAGAAAAGCUUUAAGCAGCUCGAGAACGACGUUCAGAGCUUCUUGGAAUACUGGUCUCAUGGGAGCAAACAGCACUCAGUGGAAUACAUCUCACACAUCUUUGGCAUUAUUAAAUGUAAUGGAUUCACAAUGAGUGACCAGAAAGGGCUGCAAGCAGUAGGUGUGGGGCUUUUCCCCAACAUUUGUUUGGUCAACCAUGACUGCUCGCCCAACUGCUCUGUUGUCCUCAACCAUGGCAACCAAACUGCUGUGAGCUCAGCCCUGCACUCUCAGAUGAGGGUCGAGCUCCGAGCUCUAGGAAAAAUCCCUGAGGGUCAGGAGUUGACAGUCAGCUACGUAAACUUCCUAAACCUGUCAGGUGACCGCAAGAAGAAGCUGAUGGAACGUUACCAGUUUGAGUGCACGUGUCAACACUGCAGCCAAAAACUCAAGGAUGAUCUGAUGAUGGCUGUUGCGGAGGGCAAUCCGUCAGCUGAGAUGCUGAACGAGGUAAUUGCCUUCAGUGAAGACUGUCUGGAGAAGAUUGAGAAGUAUCGUGCUGAGAGAGAAUUCCAAGAGGCGAUGAAGCUGUGUCGUGAGUGUUUGGAGAAACAGGAGAACGUCCUGGCUGACACGCAUCUGUGCAAACUGCGUGUUCUCAGCGUAGCCAGUGAUGUGUUCUCGUACCAGCGUUUGUUCUCUGAGGCUGCAGGGUAUGCUCACAGGAUGGUGGUUGGAUACAAGAAAUUGUAUCCGCACAACAAUGCCCAGCUGGGAUUGGCCUUCAAGCGUGCAGGUGUCAUACAUUGGCAGUCGGGGCAGAUUGAACUGGGCCACAGCAUGAUCUGCAAAGCUUGCAGCAUUCUAAUGGUCACCCACGGGCCCAACCAUUCGAUCACCAGAGACUUAGAGUCUUUGCGCGUUCAGACCGAGAUGGAGUUGAAGAAGAAAAAGCAGGAGAUGAUGUCAUCCUGAGCGACGCUGCAUUCAAGAAGCUGCUUGGCCGCAGGUCCUGGGACAAUCACCUGAUGUAAAAAAGAGUAACGCUGCCUGUCCUGAGCAACAUGAAAACAUGAGGCAUAGUUGUGUUUACAGUAACUACAAUAAAAUCUGAAGGUAGAAAAUGUGUGGUGAUCUAACUCAGGGGUUCCCAACCUAUUCCACUAAGGCACACUGUGGGUGCAGGAUUUCAUUCUUACCAAACAAGAUGACAACACUUUUUCCCCAAUCUGGUGUUUUACAAGUGCAAUCAGUUGAUUGCAGUCAGGUGUGGCUUGUUUUAGCAGAAGCCUCAUUGGUUCAACUGUCUCUGCUGGAUCGGCUGGAACAAAAACCAGGACCCACAGUGUGCCUUGAGGACUGGGUUGAAAACCCCUGAUCUAACUCAUAAGAAAUGGAGUGAAUGUCUUAGCAGCUAAUGAGUUAAAGCAAUACUAGGUAACUUUUUAACCUUUAUGGAAUAUUGUCAUAACAAUUGUCACAAUAUAUCAUCUGACAACUAGUUGAAUGACACCUCUUCUAUAUCUUGAGGGGGUCUGUAUCGCUUUCCCCGGCACUAAUUAAAUUUGAGGAGGGUGGCAGGAACCCUGCCACACACACACAAAAAAUGUGCCGACUCCUUUACAGCAUACGUCACGAAGGGAAAGAAUCAUUUUUUCCUUUUUGCAGGUUGUUUUAUUCUCAUAACGAACAGGAGACGAUGACACAGAAUUCAGGAAUAAAAAAGAACAUAAAAAAGAACAAAGAAUUUACACUUAAAGACAGACAAACAGAAAGACCGGUACCGGGACACACGGUGUGUCCUGCCUCUCCGCUCCUGCACUUUUUCUUACUUCUCCCUUGCGAGAGGGUUAAGUUCUCCUAAAGACUUGCUUGAAAUGUGCAACCCCCAGCCCUGAUCAGAUUACAUACACUGGUAAGAAGACAAAGGGCCUGUGUGAGUAUGGAAGAAAAGCAAAGUGGCAUAUUUCACAUAUUAUUAUUGUGAAUAAAUGGAAAUAUAUUUCUACACUUUCCCAUUUCCCUAUUCAUUAUAAAGACGGAAGUUGAUGCGAACGCUUUUGCGCAAAUUCUACAAAAAUGGCAGAGCAACAGAAGAGACAAAUGGUUUUGUCUGAGGAAGAAAACAAGGGAGGCUACUAGGUGCCAGCAGUGAAAGUGAUGUUACAUUUCAAGUUAAAGGCUAUUACCCCAAAGCAACAACAUUAAAUUGACACAAAGGAGACAUCUUUUGAGAGAGGCUUUUAUUCAUAUUAAGUGGACGAUGCACAGAGCAAAUCACUUCUUAGUGCAGAGGCAGCAUAAAAAAAACACAUUGUUGAAUGUCUUUAGUGUUCCUGAUCUAAUGUCCAUUCAUUAUGAGUGGUGAUGCUCUUCCCCAUAACCAUGGUAACCGUCCCCCUCGCCUCCCCCUCUCCCGUGUUCCUCAGGACAGUGAAUUCCGAGCUGUCUCUGCAGCUUCUCUUCCUGUAGACGCAGCUCCAUGGAGUCCACCAGGUCGUAGACGUUAUCCAGCGACCACAUCGGAGACGGGAACCAAGCUUUAACGUCGCCGUCCUUGCCCACUACAAGCAUACUGAAAUAGUCCUUGCUGAUCUUCAGCUGAUCGCGCAGGUUGUUCACAGCAUCACGCGACAACAGCUCCAACUCAGUCUGACUGCGACCUGAAGAGAUAGAAGUACACAUACAAGAAAUAUGGUAUGAACA